GUUCAAGGUCGUCGAAACGAAACGGCGGGCGGAUCUGACAAGAUUGGUCUUUGCAUAUUUAUGGAUGAAUUUCACCGGAUAUGCGUUUUCACAUAGGCAAUUGGUGACGAGAGCAAUUUAAUCAUCCAGGCAUUACUUUGAACAAUUUUUCUUGACCGCGCACAUAAAACUUACUUCUUAUACUUACGUUUCAAAGGAGACAAAGUUGCUGGAAUAAUUAAUCACAUAUUAAAUUCCGCAACAAAACUGACGAAAGUAUGGGAAACAGACUGCUCACUCAAACAACUAUAUAUAUAUAGUUUGAUAACCUUUGUCAUUCCAAUUAUUUACAUUCAUUUAUGUCAAUUGUUCCAUAUUAUUUCUUAUCUCAAUGUGAAAUUCCAAUACAUAUUUGGUUGUAAGCAGCUGACGCGAAACCACGAAAUAUAAUGAGUCCAUAUUAUCCUGCAUCAAUUUUUGUUCUGGCUUUAUUUAAAUUUGCUACCUGAUAUUAUUCGGACUAUGCAUCGUUUAUUUUCGUGGGACAGUGAAUACUGUCUAUUCCAUCGAUUCUAACCUAUAGCCUCGAACUAAUUAAACAGGUUACCGAAGUAUUUUGGUUUUUCAUUUCUUUUUUUUUCAGCAUCCUGCAAUAAAUUUCAAUGGGGGAGUACGGACGGUGACUAACUAAAAUUCAGCACUACCUAAUUCAAAUUCAUUCGCCUAUUCUACAUACUAAAGUUCUUAUUUCUGAAAUACUUUAUACCUACUAUUUCAAUAAAAGUCUUUGCUUUCCAAACCUCCCAUCACUUACUUUUUGGAUAAUGGCUAACUUUUCGAGAGUGGCCGAGAUUUUUGAGCAAGCAUCAGUGGCGUUCGGUCGAUUGGCCCAACUUACUUUAGAUCUUAAGCAGUUCCAAGCGCAACAAAAUGAUGGGGAUUCCAAGACCUGCGGGAAAUGGUCACAAAAGGAAGUUGAAGAUCUUAAAGCUGCUAUUGGACGUUUUGGAUCUGAUCUGUCAAAGGUAGCUGAAGCUAUCGAAACAAAGACCAUUAACCAGAUAAAACAAAAGCUAAAAACCCGGGCUUUUCAGGAUGCUGGUCUUGGAGAUAUUUCCUUUGAAAAUGAGGCUGCGGAUACAGAAAUCAAACCAAAAGUCACGACUCCAAAUGCUACUCCAGUAGAACGUGGAAGACGUAAGCAAGCUUUGAAUCAAAUGCCUGAACCAGUAGACUUGCAUCCUCCCAAAAGAUCCAGAUCUGAUGUCGACGAUUUGAAUGAAUAUACCAAUUAUGCACCUGAAGUAGAAGUUCCAGAUAAAAAACCCAACCAACCGGCUAGUAACAACAAAUCAUAUAGUAAUGAAAAUGUUACACCGCAAAAUAACGAUGAUGGUCAUAAUAUUUUAAAACAUAAGCCAGUUGGCAGUACACUAUCUAGUGUUUUAUCCAAACCGAUAUCACUCGCUAGACCAGAUGUAAGUAAUUUUGAUGAUCGUCAUCGCAAAACAACAACGUCAGUAAAUAUCCUUAGUUCUGGAUAUAAUGCAAAUGAAUCGAAGUAUGAAGAUUAUGACAGCGAUGACAGCGAUUAUGAUGGUGCUGAUGGUCGUACACCCGGAGAUUAUGAAUCAGACGAAGAACAAGAGGAAGAAGCCGACGACAACGAGGAUUACGAUGAAUAACCAGCAAUAAAUUGAUUUGUUAAAUAUUUGUGUAUAUGUCUUCAUGAUUAUUAUUAUUCAUUAUCAUGUAAAUUAGUGUUUAUACUGAUAAAAUAAGUUAACAGACUGC